AAAACUCCUCCCUAAGAAAUCAUAAAUCGGAGAUGACGCCAUCGCUCGUUCUUUGGGAGAUUUCAGUAUUUCACAUCGCAUUUCGCCGGCAAAGAUUUCUACUUUCCCAUCGGAUCUCUCAUUUGCAUCUUCAGGAACGACAAAGAUGAUGCCUUGCUCGUUGCCAUGAGAAUAGUAUGGUGGAUUUCCAGGCGCUCUGAAAUGGGUAUAUUAUGGAGAUUCUUCUUCUGUUGCUGCUUCACUGUUAUGGCUCUGUCUAUUAGUGGCGACUGCUCAUCAUUGGAGGUUGGUGAUAUUAUGUUAUGCUCUCUUGAAACCCUCGAUCUCAUUCGGUUCUUCCAUUUGUAUGGCCAAGUUUCAAGGAUUGUAUACUGAAGUCUUAUUUCUCAAAACACGAAGUUCUUUCUGAUUCUAGCUUCCGAGAUCUACUACAAGAUGAGCUCUCAAAGUUCUCAUGCAAACUGCUGCCUGGUGAUCCCAAUCCUCAACUCACACUAUCUGGUUUGGAGCGUCAUUUGAUUGGGGAAGGCUCUCAUCGCCAUCUAUCCUCAACAAUCCAGCUUCAAAUCCCUCCGCAAAGUUUCCCUCUUCAGUCUUGCAAGCUUGUAAUGAUUGAGAGACUGCCCUCUGGAGUCUUUGCUGAUCCAUUCGAGCUCGACCACCUGCUCCAUCAUGGAGCAUAUGCUGCCAUAGGUGUCUUCGGAGAUACAAAUUUGGAGUUGCCUUCGGUUUCCUCAAAUAGGUCUGCAGUUGAGAUUCACAUGAAUUUCAAGCACAACACUUCAUCCGGAGCCAUGUCUGAACUCGGAAUCAGAAUAGACCUCCCAUUACAUGCCCGAUAUGCGCCGUUGCAUGAAAGUGGAUACUCAGAAGUGGCAUUCGGGACACCGGAUUUGCUCGUGAGUUGCAGCAUGGAAGGAAGCUCGGAGAAGAGAAGUUGCUUGAUUGUGCCAAGCAGUGACAGCAACAGACUGAGAACAGAUGUUGUUGUGUGGAAAAUACCAUGUGGGAUCAUGAGCUAUACAAAUGUGGUCUCUGUUGUUACCUUUGCUACUGCCUUGGUAUCAACCCUUGUCAUUGUAUUACCAUCUGUGCUUUACUCCAAACCUCGUUGAAUAUUUCCCAAGAUAAAAGUAAAACCAUAAUUUCCUUUCUUAACAGCCUUUUUUUUACUUUCUACACUCUCUUGGUUUACUUCCUCUUUUAAAAGAUCCACCCCCAUUUGU